UAGUAAACAAACAAUGAAGUAUAUUCCUUAGUCCAUGCGUAUAAUAUUUUAAAUAACGUAUAACUAGCAAAAAGGACUUCUUUUGUAAAUUUACAAAAAUGGAUGACUUUCCCGAUCCUGAAGAUGAGUAUGAGCUUAUGUAUUCUGAUGAAUUAGAACUAUUGCGAGAGACUGAAGACCAUUCAAAUAGUAAUGCCAUCAAAAAGCGAGUACAACCGGCUAAAAGAAGUCUUGACUUCUCUAACUCGUCGGUGGAGAGGACAACACAACAAAAACAGGGACAAACAGAUGCAAUAUCCAGUACUCCGCAACCACUAGAACUGUCGCAAUCUUUCGAUGAGCCAGCACAGAAAAUACUUACAGAUACUGUAUCAAAUAACAGUCUGGGUCUGUCCCAGGUUUCAGGGUCACACAAAAGAACAGCAGAGGAGUUGUUUGGAGAUAUAGGAGAUAUCGACUUUGAAAGCUUAGAAUUACCAAGUAAAAAGCAAAAGACUGAGGAAGAAAUUGACUUAGACUUAAUAAGUAAGAUAUUACAGGAAAGAAAGUUAAAACAAAUGCUCCUGGAGCCUAGUAAUAGAAUACAAAUUGAUAAAAAAUCUAUAUAUAAUAGUAAAGACAAUAUUUCAGUGAAUAUCCCCAGAUGGCCUUUCAUGCCUGUGACUAAGGAUAAUGGCGAACGAGUUUAUGUAAGAUUGGAGUCUGAGGAAUCUUGGAGUAAGUCACUUGAUGAAUGCAAUGAGAAGUUUUCGUUGCAAGCUGCAUAUGCCAGUGUAUGGGAAGACGCAAGGAAAAUUCUAGAAAGUAAAGCAACACAGUUAGAAACAAUAAAUCAGUCAGAGACUGAGAUGGAUACAACCGGCAGCUUAGAGAGUGUUGAACUAUGGGUAGAGAAAUACAAACCCAAUUCAUACAUUGAUCUUCUAUCUGAAGAACCUGUUAAUAGAUCUCUCUUACAUUGGUUGCACUUAUGGGAUAAGAUAGUCUUCAAAAAGGACGUAAAAACAAAGGAACCUGCUCAGCGCAAUACAUUCAGCAAAAGGACAGGACAGUUUCAACUAACGAACAAAUGGAAGGGCAAAAGGGACUCGGAAGUUGAAGUGGAUGAUGAUGGAAGACCUCAUUUCAAAGUGGCCUUGUUGCAUGGACCCCCAGGAGUUGGAAAGACAACCUUGGCGCACUUGUUGGCAAAGAUUGCAGGUUACAGGCCCGUCGAAUUAAACGCAUCAGAUGAGAGAAGCACUGAAGCCUUUCAAUCGGCACUGCAAAGUGCUACGUUGAUGAGGUCCGUACUCGAUGCUGAAAGAAGACCGAACUGUCUCAUUUUAGAUGAAAUUGAUGGUGCCCCGCUACAAACAGUAGAAUUGCUAGUUAAGUGGUGCACGGCGAGUGGUAAGAAAGAAGAAGGCAAGAAGAAGAAAUCACAACCUCUGAGGCGACCAGUCAUCGCCAUAUGUAAUGAUCUAUAUGCGACUUCACUGAGGCCUUUGCGGCCGGUGUCGCUGGUGGUGAGCGUCAGCGGGGUAAGCGUCAGUCGGCUGUGCGCUCGACUGGGUGUUGUUGCGGGCAUAGAGCGAGUGAGCGCUAACUCCCGUGUGCUCGCAGCGCUAGCGGCACGCGCCCGUGGUGACGUCAGAAGUGCGCUACACGUACUUAGCUUUUUCAAAGCGAAAGGAAAGAGACAUUUGACAAUACAAGACGUUGAGAGCGCGGCGGUCGGUAUGAAGGACUGUCACAAGACUAUGAUGCAAGCGUUGCAGGCUAUAUUCACGCAUUGUGACGGCGAAGACACGACCCUGAGGACUAUACAGGCUGCGGGGGAAUAUGAUCGCUUAGCAGACGGAAUAUUCGAGAACUACAUAACGUCUCGCGUGGACGCCCGGCUUCAUAUUGCGUGUGAGAGUACGUCGUGGCUCGCAUUGUACGACAUAAUCAACACGUGGAUACUACGAAGCCAGAACUACUCAAUGUAUGGAAUGCUGCCCUACUGUCUGUACAGAUGUCACUCUAUACUCGCAAGCAGACAACAGCUCAAGAUUAAGUUCCCGAUGCAAGCUCAGGAGAUGUAUCGCAAGAAAUGCGAGCUGGACAGCAUAGUGUGUUCUGUGGUGCGUGGAUGUGUUCCUUCGGUGCUGACCAGCCGAGUGGCCCUGAUAUUGGAUAUACUGCCUAUGAUGCCAUACCUCCUUAAUCCCACCUUGAGGUCUGCUAAUGUACAGUUGUGCAGCGAAAGUGAACGCACGACAUUGUCGCGGUGUGCGGGCGCCAUGUGCGACUAUGGACUGCAGUACGUACAGCGGCCGACGCAUGAUUCGCUCUACGCUUUUCAACUGGAGCCCGACGUAUACAGAAUCGCUUUCUUGGGCGAUAUCGAGAGCCGUGUUCGAGCUUCGCCGGCGCUGAGGCAAGCCUUAGCAACGGAACAACAGCUGGAGGUCAUCCGACGGAACGAACAAAUGAUGACAAGAAAUACUACAGACAAGAAAGAAAGCGACAGAAAGAUCAAGACAGCGUCUAGAGCAAAAGAGAUGCAGAUAACAAAUGAUAUGAAAUUGCCGAAUCAUCUGCAGACGCUGAAACCGAAAGCUAUUGAGAAAACAAGUACACAGGUGCAUAAAGAUUUCUUCGGUAGGAUAGUGCCCAUCACUCCAUCGCAAAGACAAGAUGCAUUGGCGGAUGUAAUAUCUUCAAGCACCGUAUUCUACCAGUACAGAGAAGGAUACAAUAAUGCAGUCAGAAGAAACGUACGCAUGAGGGACUUGUUGUAAAAUCUCUUUGAGCUAUUAUUACUCUGUUAAACAUGUUUAAUAUAUUAUUUAAAAUAGUUAAGAGUGCCUUUGUAUAAGUUUAAGAUUUUUGUUGUUUUAAGAUUAUGCUUCGUAAUAAAAAAAGUUGAACUUUC